UAGUGAAAAUUUUCUCAAAAAAUGUGCACUAAAUUUUUCCUAGUGUACUUUUUUAACAGUGACCUAGUGUAGUGCUUAAUUUUUAUUUUUGGUGUUUAUUUUGGGGUUUUGACAUGCUGUAUAUUUUACCGCCUCCAAGUGCUCCAAAUCCUCCAUCACCAUGGAACAGUAUUUUAUGUACAAGCAAUUCGUCAAAUAAUAAUACCGGUGGUGCUAAUUUUAAUAGUGCUAGUGACAACAAUGCGGGGGGAACAUCUUCAUGGAUAUCUGAUAAGAGACCACCGCUACGAGGGAGAACCUCUCAUGUUAAUAAGCACCGAGGGUGUUUGAAUAAUGAUUCAGGGACAGGUGUGUCCACUGAUGAAGAUGAUACCACACGAGGAGGAAAAAGCCUUAGCGAAUGUUACUUCGCUGGUAAAGGGGCCGCGGUAGUUUUGCCUCCACAUGAACGAUUACGUCCAAGUAGACGUGUAAGUGCAUCUGGUUCGGAUAUUCAGCAGCAUCUACAAUCUAUGUUUUAUUUAUUGCGGCCAGAAGAAACUUUAAAAAUGGCUGUAAAAUUAGAGAGUGCACACGCAGGGCGUACGAGAUAUUUAGUUGUUGUAUCCUGUUCGGGUCGACAGGAUGCUGAAGAAAGUUGUUUAUUGGGUAUUGAUUGUAAUGAACGUACUACAGUUGGUCUUGUAUUACGAGUAUUAGCAGAUACUGCCAUUACAUUAGAUGGAGAUGGGGGGUUCAGUGUUAGUGUUUGUGGAAGUCAGCAUAUAUUUAAACCUGUUUCAGUACAAGCGAUGUGGUCCGCUUUACAGACCCUUCAUAAAGUGAGUUCAAAAGCGCGUGAACAGAAUUAUUUCUUAGGUGGUUUAACUCAUGAUUGGGUUAGUUAUUAUGAACAAAAAAUUGAAUCUGAUCGAUCUUGUCUCAAUGAGUGGCAUGCAAUGGAUAAUUUGGAAUCACGUCGACCACCAUCUCCAGAUUCGUUACGUACAAAACCACGUGAAAGAGAUGAAACCGAACGAGUAAUUAGAGCAACAUUAAAAGAAAUUAUGAUGUCUGUUGAUUUAGACGAAGUUACAAGUAAAUAUAUUCGUAGUCGUUUAGAAGAGGAAUUAGAUAUGGAUCUCGAUGAAUUUAAAUCGUUCAUAGAUCAAGAAAUGCUUGUUAUAUUAGGACAAAUGGACGCACCUACAGAAAUAUUUGAACAUGUAUAUUUAGGUUCUGAAUGGAACGCAUCAAAUUUAGAAGAACUUCAAAAGAAUGGAGUUGGGCACAUAUUAAACGUCACAAGAGAAAUAGACAAUUUUUUCCCAGGAAUGUUCGAUUAUCUAAAUAUUCGUGUAUAUGAUGACGAAAAGACUGAUUUAUUAAAACACUGGGAUAAUACAUUUAAAUAUAUAACUCGCGCAAAAAAGGAAGGUUCAAAAGUAUUAGUACACUGUAAGAUGGGAGUAAGUCGAUCUGCCUCAGUUGUUAUUGCAUACGCAAUGAAAGCAUACAAUUGGGAUUUCGAUAAAGCAAUAAAACAUGUAAAAGAGAAACGAAAUUGUAUAAAACCAAACAGUAGUUUUCUUGCACAAUUAGAAACAUAUCAAGGCAUUCUAGAUGCAAUGAAAAAUAAAGAAAAACUUCAACGUUCAAAAUCAGAAACAAAUUUAAAAUCACCAGAUAAUACAAACAAAACAGAACGUAUUAUACCAGGUAGUGAGCCAACUCCAAUGAUACAAGCGUUGCAUAAAACCAGUGCGUUACAAUCUACACUAUCUGGACAAGAUUUACGCCAAAUUGGUGAUCGUCCAAAAUCAUGGUCACCAGAUAACAUACUAGCAUCGAAUCUCUUACCAUUACCACAAGCACCUACAUCUGUAUCAUUAGAACAGUUAAAUAACAAAGGAACGUCAUCACCACCAUCUUCAAAGGUCACAUUUACCACAUCGUCGAAUAAAUCUACAUCACAAUCACAUAAUCAUCAAACACCGCCAUCACCGCCAGCCACCGAAGUGGAAAAUCGAAACGUCUUAAUGCCUUGCGAAAAUGGCCAAGUGUAUAGUGUCUCACCAAACCAUAUAUUUCAUUUACCGUGUCGAAAAUCUAGUGACGCCACUAUACCAUCCGUGAAACAUUACGUGAAUGAACUUGAAUCGCAGACAAAAAACGGGGCACGGUUACAACCAGACAAAAAAGGUUUGGUUUUAAAUCUAACAUCUCAGUUCAAAAAUUCUGAAUCAAAGCCAUCAAGUCCAGAAUGUGAUGGAGAGCUACAAUCCACCGAUGAAAAAACACUUGAUGUUAACCAGCAGCACACACCACAAAUGUUGACAGCCGUUUUAGUUAAAAAAGAAAUAUGGGAUCCAGGAGAAAAGGAAGUAACAACUGUUUCAUAUAAUAGUGAUGGUGUAAAUAAUGUUGUAUCCUAUAAAACCUGUGAUGUACCUUCCUCUCCUGCACCACCUUUAUCCUCGCAAAUAAAUGGCGAUAACAACCUAGUCUGGACAUCAUCCACACGCCUUAUUGAAAAAACAAAAGACAAUAGUGUUAUAGAUAAUAAUAGAGUCAUCACCACAACGUCUGAAAUUGAUGUAAAUAGUAAACGACCAACUUCAAUACCCCCACCAAUAUUACGACGUGAUGGUGAUCCAUUCUCAAAUAAAUUAGAUAAGGUAUUCGAUCGUGAAGAACGCAAACAACAACGUCAAUCCACAAUUGGACCAACGCCAUUAUUACCACAAUGUGUUACAGACCCAUCAAGUGAUAGUAAUUUAGUGCGCGAAUGUCCUUCACGACAAAGUUCAUGGAGUUCGUAUGAUAGUGCAGUUGUACUUGGUUAUCCAGGUGAUGUACGUGAUAUACCAUCACGACAUAGUUCAUGGGGAUCGGGGGAUGCCCGUACAUUACCUUCUAGAAAUAGUUCUUGGGGUUCAUACGAUAUGAAGCCAAAUAAUGUAUCGCAAUCUGAAUUAAUUGACAAAAAAACAAUUGAAGAUAUAUUUUGUAAUAGUUCGUGUGGUAUGUUUGCAUAUGAUAAGGAUGAUAUACCUGGAUAUCCUGGAACUGUAAAACGUACUAAACAGAAAUUAGAAGAAAAUGGUGGUGAUCCAAACAAAAAAAUUUGUAUUACCACUGAUUUUAAUUCUGAUAUGACUCCCUCAACACAACCAGAGGAUAACAUUCAAAUAUAUAACACAAUUCCUCCGUAUACAAGGAAAAUUGACAUUCAACCAAAAACACUUUCAUCUUCGUCAUCUGCUCCGCUAAUUGGUGGUACACGUUUAUCAGUAAGUGCACCAGAACGAUCCAUAACAUUGUUACCAAAAGCAAAAUCAUUACCUACAUCAAAUUCAACAUCAAAUAUUAUGAAAUUAUGUUGUGGUGAUGUCAAUUUUACAAAAUCAUCGGUCAAAAAACACAAAUUAUUUUUAGAAAGUUUAAAUAGUAAUAAUAAAAGUAGUUGUAAUUUAAAUAAAGGACGUUUGUUACAUCCAAAACGAUGUUUCAGCGUUGAUUCAUCCACACCGGAAUCAACAGUUGAUCAAACAUCGUUAGCAUCAGGUAUUGUAAAAAGUUUAAAACGUGAAUUUGAAGCAAAAGUAAUACCAAGCACAAAUCAUGACAACAAUAAAAUUAGUGAUAGUGUAGAUAAGCCCGUAAAAAGUUUACCUGCGUCGCCAGUUAGCACACAUAUUGAUAUUAAAGAACGGCAUACACCUGAAGAUUUAUCUGUGAAAAAGUUAGUUGGAAAAUAUGAGGAACGUAAAGAGGAUGACAUUGAAGCGGCACCGAUACCAACAACGCACAUACCAACAACACGACCAAAAGAAAUAUUUGAAAAACGUUUAUUAAAUUCGUUAAAAACACCGUCUUCCAACAUUACAACAAGUGAUGUGAAAAAAUAUCCUCCACCAAUCACGAAAACAUCGUUGUUAGUACGUAAUUUAAAAAACGGCUGUGAUGCAGAAUUUAAGCGGCCACCAGUGCCACCUACAGUAGUUAAAAGUAGUGUAGUACCAAACAUGGUAUUAGCAAGUGUCGUUACCACGGCGGCUAGCAAAAAACAACAGCAACAUGGUAAAACGCAUCCGUUAACACGACUCACAAUUAAUAAACAACGCCACAAUAAUCCAGUAUAUAAUACAAUGUAAAAGAAAAACUAUGGAAAGGUGUGAAGAGGAAAAUUAUAUUUGUUGUUUACUUAUAUAAUAUAUAUUUUUUUCUUCAAAUUUGUGUUGUGUUUGUAGUGUUUAAAUCAAACAAAUAGAGCGAGUUUAAUAAAUACAAAAAAAUGACCUUUAUUAUAUAAAGAACUUACAAAUAUUUCUUUUUAAUUAUAAAAAAAUUUAAUAAAUAAUUAAUAAUAAUAUGGCUGUCAAGGAAUCUAGUCGAGUGUGAGAGUCUAGUGUGUUCUAAUCACUUGCAGCCUGAGGAUACACACAUUCCCUUUUUUGUCUGUUUUUUCGUUUUUUUAAGUUUCCGUCAAGCUGCUUUCUCAUUCUUCAUUAUUUAGUGCGAUGUUUUUAAAUACGGAUUUUAAAAACAAUAUAAACUUUCAGAAUUUUCAUCUAAUUUACGUGUUUUAGUGUGUAAUUUAGAAUGGCUUUAAUUAUUACAUAAUCUUUAAAAAAAAAUGAAACGUUCGAAUAAAGAUUAUGUAAUCUUAGUUAAUAAUGGAUUAAAAUAUUAAAACUAAAGGAUCGGACACUUGCUAAAAAAUUAGUAAGUUUUUUUUAAAUUUCAACAAUAUUUCAUUGUUAUGUAAUUUGUACAUAUAGAGAUAACUUCGUUUAUUUAAAUAUUUCAUACACUAAAACAUGUAAAAAAUACAAGUUUAAUCCUUAUAUUGAAGGAUAGUCUGGAAAAAUAAUCGCUAGCUAUCUAUAUCUAGCAAAUAUGAUCAAUCAAUUCAAGUUCCCUUUCAUAAAUGUUUGUAAAGGUGGUAACUGAAUUUGUAGAUUUGUUUCAAUAUUUUUCUUCAAAUCCGACCGUUUUAUCGCAAUCUCUUUUCUUCAUUCGGCUAAUAUUAGUUGGACUUUAUAGUUGUUGAUUGUUUUAACAAAUCAAAUACUUUUUGGGACAUUAAGAAUAGAUCAAAAUUUAUUAACAUAAUUUGGUGAGUUUUGUCCAGAAUAUUGGUAGUGGGCGCAAUUUUUACGCUCACGUUUAAACAAAACUGUCAAAAGUUUCAUUGUACUUCAAUUGAUGAAGUAUUGUUGUCUUUCACAUGCAACAAUUUAGUGAGAGUGACUUACAAUCGAAUAUCGAGAUUUUUUUCCAAUUUUACCACAUUUUUUACUAACUUACGCUUUUGUAUAUGUCCGUUUAGGUAAAAUUUUGUGUUCAAUUUUCAAUGUAAUUUAAUGUUAAAC